GCUAACGAGAAAAUUGAACAUCUGCGUAUACGUGCAUGAAUAAAUUUCCGGCUAAGGCCAAAGACUGUUAUUAAAAUUGAGUGUUUGCUUGUCUGCGCCUGGAUUGUAAUUUAACGUGUUUACUAUGUUACUAUUAAACCCAAUGUGCGCUCAGGAUUGAAUUUCAGUGAAUUUCCGCUACAGACAGCAUUCAGAGUGACACCAUAUUCCAGUACUGUACAAAACGCAAAUCGCGUUAAAUACGAAUUUAAACAAGUCGUGUUAUGGUAGUGAAAUAAACUAAAGAAAUGUCUCUGUUCAAUGAUAUGCCGCCUCCGCUUUCUCCUCACCCAGAAAAAGCAACUACAGUAUCUGUCCAUGAGAACCAGCAGAGUGAAAGUAUCUACACGGAUCUUGACAACGAAAUGCUUCAAAACAGAAUGUACUCCCAACCACAAGCAACUCAACAAGUCACAUCCCGUAAAAGGUCAUCAACAGAUAAUAUGUCGCAAGCCACUCAGCAGUCAAAUGCAAAGCAAAUGAAGAUGUCCAAUUUGGGGUUCCUUGCCACACUUCGGGGUUAUGUGGCCGAAAGAAAAGGUGAAAGAGAUGAAAUGCAAGACGCCCAUGUCGUGCUCGACGAAUGCACAGCAGACUUCCAACAACUUACUCCGAAAGUCUCUAGGGUUGCAUAUUACGCAGUGUUUGAUGGCCAUGGCGGUAAAAGAGCAUCUGAACAUUCAGCAAGAAGGUUACAUGUACAUCUGGCACAUAAACUCCCAAAAGGAACGGUCAAUAAUUUUGAUAAAGAAAUGAAACGCCAGAUUCUUGAAUCUUUUAAAGUUAUGGACGAAGAAUUUUUAAAAGAAGCUUCUACGCACAAGCCAGUAUGGAAAGAUGGAACAACAGCAUGCUGUGUAUUGGUUCUUAAUGAUACUCUUUAUAUAACAAACCUAGGGGACAGCAAAGCAAUCCUAUGUCGGUACCAGAGUGAAACAAAACAGCACGUUUCAGUGCCUCUGAGUAAGGACCAUAAUCCCAGCAAUUAUGAAGAGAGAAUGAGAAUACAAAAAGCUGGAGGCAACGUCAGGGAAGGUCGAGUUUUGGGAAUCUUAGAAGUCUCUCGUUCAAUAGGAGAUGGCCAAUAUAAAAGAUGUGGAGUGAUCAAUGUACCUGAUGUCAAGCGAUGCAUUCUUAACAGCAAUGAUCGUUUCAUAUUAAUCGCAUGUGAUGGAUUAUGGAAAGUUUUUGAUGCUGAUCAAGCCAUACAGUUUGUUUUGCAAGUUCUCCAGGAUAAUGAAUUGCAACCACCAGAAGGUAGCAACAAAACCCUGGAAAAUUUCCGAUUUGAAACCGCGUGCAAUAAACUGGCAAGUGAAGCUGUGCGAAAAGGAAGUGCUGACAAUGUUACUGUGUUGCUUGUUUCCAUACACAAAGUAUAGUGUGAAAAAAUCACAAAAAAAUAUUUCGCAGCACUGCAGAGGUUGGGGAGUUAAAACGACCUGAUUGUGUAGAAUUUGGUCAGAUCAUUUGUUUUUUAUGCUCUGUGUAAAAAUUACAAUCCGAUGACAUCUGUGUUUUCUAUUACUUGGUUUGUUUUAUCAGUUUGAAAAAUAAUUUGCAAAAAAUACAAGUUUUUGUCAAAUUUAUCUUUUGUUACAGUGUCGGUGUAAAAAAAUCAAAAAAGGUUUUGAACUUUUUCAUAUUUUUUAAUUAGUUUCUAGAAAUCUGGUAAAUCAAUAAACAGCAUUAAAAAAUAACACAGUAGUCUCUCCCGUUUAAGUUUUUUACCCCUUAUAAAAGUUGUUUUCUGUUUCUGUGCCUUUUAUCCUGAGCUGUUUUAUGUUGUUCCAUUUCUGUAUUGUGUAAUUCAAUUCCCAAGCUACCUGACCAAAAUUUAACCAAGGAAUUUUCAGCAAAAUAUUCGCUACAACACGUUUACACCUAUUUCCCCUUUUAUUCAGCAGUUUUCACCUUAUCUGCACUGUGCAGAAAUAAAAUAUCAAGUUUGGUUUCAAACUAAAGACUAA